AUGGUGCGCGUGCUUUUUCUGCCGCCCCGGGAUCUCUUCCCUGCUGGCCGGCUGGACGUGAUCAUCUGCGCUGCUCUCAAAUUUCUUAUCUACGGUCUCCUGGGUAGCCUCCUGUCGGUGACGCUGCGGAAGACCUUGCUUGGCUUGAAGCAGGCUCAGGAUGCACUUGGCAUCCUGAAUGCAAUCCUGAUGCGAUGGACUAAUGAUCGGCGUGUAUCCCUUGUUCACUUCCACACCUGGAACCUAGUUCGAGAGUCCAUCCUUCGCAAUGAUGUAAAGAACAUCUUGGAUCGCUCGAGAAUGUCGUUCUCCUGUACAUCAUUCUUGCCCUGUACUUUGUCACCGAUGCCACCAUCCAGAUCGUCAUUCGAAACCAGCCCCCGAGCAUCUUAA